GUGGAGAGUGGAGAGCAUUGGUGGUGCCUUUUAAGCGAACAUUCUGAGAGCGUGCCCUCUACAGUCGAUUGGUGACCCUUCGGUGCCUGUGUUCUCCUCGGGCGGCAAGCAGAAAGAUCAAGAGUCAAAAUGUCUGAGAAGAAGAAGAGUGGUUUCGAUCCCAUGUCCUUCGCUCAGGAUUUCGUGGCCGGAGGAAUCGCUGCCGCCGUAUCGAAGACGGCUGUCGCCCCGAUCGAGCGUGUGAAGCUGCUUCUCCAAGUGCAGCACGCUUCGAAGCAGAUCGCCAAAGAGAACCAGUACAAGGGCAUCGUCGAUGUCUUCGUCCGCAUCCCCAAGGAACAAGGAUUCUCAGCCUUCUGGCGUGGUAAUCUGGCCAACGUCAUCAGGUACUUCCCCACCCAGGCUCUGAACUUCGCGUUCAAGGACAAGUACAAGCAGGUUUUCCUUGGAGGAGUGGACAAGAAAACUCAGUUCUGGCGCUACUUUGCCGGAAACCUCGCGUCUGGUGGAGCUGCCGGAGCCACUUCCUUGUGCUUCGUGUAUCCCCUCGAUUUCGCUCGAACUCGUUUGGGCGCUGACGUGGGCAAAAGCGGCGGAGAACGUGAGUUCAACGGUCUCAUCGACUGUCUCAAAAAAGUCACCAAGUCGGACGGUAUCAUUGGUCUCUACCGAGGUUUCGGAGUGUCCGUGCAAGGUAUCAUCAUCUACCGCGCGGCCUACUUCGGAUUCUUCGAUACUGCCAAGGGCAUGCUGCCUGACCCGAAGAACACCCACCUCGUCAUCUCAUGGGCCAUCGCUCAGACCGUGACCACCAUCUCGGGUGUGAUCUCCUAUCCUUUCGACACUGUCCGUCGUCGUAUGAUGAUGCAGUCCGGACGCAAAGGUGGAGACAUCAUGUACAAGAACACCCUCGACUGCUGGGCCAAGAUCGCCAAGCAGGAAGGCAGCGGCGCUUUCUUCAAGGGCGCCUUCUCCAACGUGCUCCGAGGAACCGGUGGAGCUUUUGUGCUUGUGCUCUAUGAUGAAAUCAAGGUUGCUCUGUUCGGAACGAACUGAGCGGAAUACGCUCGCUUAGUCUCGGUAUUCGUGUUCUGGCUGCCAUCAAUGAACGCGAGUUACGCCACAAACUACUUCCUAGUUUAAAGAAACAAAAAAGUAACGAGAGUCGAACGGAAACAUGCGGCAGCGUACAUUCCGGAAGAAACGAACCAAUCUCUUGCCAUCGUGUGUAUGCUGUGCUGUACGACCUCGUGUGUCGUGUGACUGUUCCAGUUUACCGAGUCGUCGGAUUUUGCCGUUCAGACUGACUUGGAUUUAGGAGGAUCUACCAACGAACUUCCGACUUCUAGCUGCGGAACGAAGCAAACCUGUUUUAGAAAAUGAGUGAAAGCCUCGACAAAACGAAUUGUAGGAUGGGAGAUCAAACUAAUUGAUGAUACCGGUCGAUUAUUAUUCUCAUCACCUUCUCCGCUCAAAUUCUUGAGGAAAAAAAAUCAGAAAGAACAUCCAUAAAUCUUAAAAAAAGUGUAAAAACAAUUCCAUUGAAAUAAAGGGAGAAGUCCGUAAUUUAAGCAAA